AUGCGCCUCCGAAUAGCACUCUCCCCCGGGAUCUCCCCCAUUCUCCCUAGAUCGUUCGUCCUGAAGACCAUUGAGCAGAUCAAUGGCAAUGGCAACGGCAAAGGCGUGGCGUGGGGGCGGCGUCGCAUCCACGCUGUCGGCGCCGCUACUGGUGCUGUUACUCAUCGCGCACAACUUCGCCAGCAGCAGCAGCAGCAGCAGCAGCAGCCGCCGCGUCCCAGACCCCUCAAUUGUUCCUCCAAUCAGCGCCCGGCGUCCGCUUCUGACAUCAUCCCGAGCGCCGGCGCGAAGCUGAAGUUGGGGCCGCCGCCGCACAUGUCCGUCCGAAAUUUGUCGCAGAAACAGACCCCGAACGACAGACACGCCGCCUCGUCCUCCUUGUUCCCUCGUGAUCCCGCCGCAACCUCCCAGACCUGCGGGACGACGCGGGUCAGACAUUCCGGGAAUACCUCUUCUCAACCUCGCAGCAUCGAAAGCGCCAGUAGCCGCCAUCCUCGGCCGACGAUAUACUUAGCUAGGCACAAUCCCCGAGAGGACGCCGUCAACCACAGCGCAAUGGCCGAGACGAGAGACCCCAAACGCCCGCGCGUCGCCGCCGAUCCGGCCGAGCACCUCCCCGCCGGCAUCACCGAGACCCCGGAAGAGCUCAAGGAGCAAUGGUUCGUCGGCAGCAUCGACCAGGGCACCACCUCGACGCGCUUCCUCAUCUUCAACGGCCUCGGCGACCCCGUCGCUAUGCACCAGAUCGAGUUCGAGAACCAUUACCCGCGCUCCGGUUGGCAUGAACACGACCCCCUCGAGCUCCUCGCCUCCGUCGAGGAGUGCAUCGAAAAAGCCACGGCCAAGUUCGUCGCCAAGGGCCACUCGGCCUCCGCCAUCCGCGGCGUCGGCAUCACGAACCAGCGCGAGACCACCGUCCUCUGGGACGCCCGCACCGGCGAGCCCCUUCACAACGCCCUCGUCUGGCCCGACACCCGCACCGCCUCCCUCGUCCGCGACCUCCGUGCCCGCCCUGGCGCCGACACCCUCCAGGACCUCUGCGGUCUGCCCCUCUCAACCUACCCCUCCAGCGUCAAGCUGCGCUGGCUCCUCGACAACGUCCCCGCCGUCCGCGAAGCCUAUGAUGCAGGUCACCUCGCCUUCGGUACCGUCGACUCGUGGCUCAUCUACCGCCUCAACGGCGGCGCCGACCGCGGCGACGCCGCCAUCCACGUCACCGACUCCACCAACGCCAGCCGCACAAUGUUCAUGAACCUCCGCACCCUGCAGUACGACGAUGACCUCCUCUCCUUCUUCGGCGUCGACAAGUCCAAGAUCCGCCUGCCCAAGAUCGUCCCCUCCUCCGACCCGACCGCCUUCGGCUCCCUUGCUCGGGGCGUCCUCAAGGGCGUCCCCAUUGCCGGCUGCCUCGGCGACCAGUCCUCCGCCCUCGUCGGUCAGUGCGGCUUCUCCCCUGGCCAGGCCAAGAACACGUACGGCACCGGCUGCUUCCUGCUCUACAACGUCGGCGACGAGCCCGUCAUCUCCAAGUCGGGCCUCCUGGCCACCGUCGCCUAUGACUUUGGCAAGGGCCGCAAGCCCGUCUACGCCCUCGAGGGCAGCAUCGCCGUCGCCGGCUCCGGCGUCAAGUUCCUCGUUAAGAACCUCGCCUUCAUCGAUGACGCCACCCGCAUCUCCGAGCUGGCCGAGACGGUCCCCGACAACGGCGGCGUCGUCUUCGUCACGGCCUUUAGCGGCCUUUUUGCGCCCUACUGGAUCGACGACGCCAAGGGAACGCUGUUCGGCAUCACGGCCCACACCCAAAAGGGCCACAUCGCCCGCGCGACCCUCGAGGCGACGUGCUACCAGACAAAAGCCAUCCUCGACGCCAUGGCCAAGGACUCGGGCCACGCCCUCGAGUCCCUCGCCGUCGACGGCGGCCUCUCCAACUCGGACCUCUGCAUGCAGAGCCAGGCCGACAUCAGCGGCAUCCGCGUCGACCGCCCCGCCAUGCGCGAGACCACAGCCCUCGGCGCCGCCAUCGCCGCCGGCCUCGCUCUCGGCGUAUGGAACGAGCUUGAGGACCUCAAGCACGUCAACCAGACGGGCCGCAAAAUCUUCACCCCGUCCCUCGAGAAGGAGAGGACGGACAAGAUGUUCAAGAAGUGGGAGCAGGCCGUCGAGAUGUCGAGGGGCUGGGUGCGCGAUGCCCUUGAAUAGAGCAGUAGCAGUACUGUGUGUCGAGUAAGUAAAGGAUUUUCUUUUUAGAUCUGGAGUCUUUUGGAUACAGAAAAAGAAGAGCGUUUUUGGUAUGGGUUGUUAGGACAAUAUUGGGCAUGUAUUUUGCUUCGGGUUAGACAGGAUACCACUACCUAUCAAGUCAGUUUUCCUCCUUUG